AUGGGAAUCUUCGACCUUGUCGUUUACUGCGACUCCCAACUCAUAGUCAACCAAGUACUUGGGGACUAUGAGGCUCGAGAUACACGAAUGUCAAAAUACCAGUCAACCGUAACAGGACUCCUCACCCAUUUCCACAAUUUCAAAAUUGAACAGAUCAACCGCAAACACAAUGCUCACGCAGACGCACUCACUGGCCUUGCCUCAGCUUCUAAAGCCUCCGAAUUCAGAACAAUCAGCUUCGGCAGCAUUUACCAUCCAAGCUUCGACACAACUCCUGAAAUACUCAACGUUGAACUCAGUCCAAGCUGGAUGGACGAGAUCGUUGCAUUCCUCAAAAAUGAUACGUUACCAGCAGACAAGAAGGAAGCUUAUCGCAUCAGGAACAAAUCCGCUUACUACUGGCUCUCUGAAAGCGGCCAACUCUACAGGAAAUCUAUCUCCGGCCCAUAUCUCCUCGUGGUCCACCCAACCCAAGUUCCGAAGAUUCUCGCCGAACUUCACUCAGGGAGUUAUGGCUGCCACUCCGGCGGCCGUUCACUUUGCCAACGAGCAUUGAGUCAGGGAUACUUUUGGAAGAACAUGAAGAAAGACUGCGAAGACACACAACCCGCCCAGAACCUCUCCCCUAUCACCAGUCCUUGGCCCUUUGCACAAUGGGGGCUUGAUAUUGUCAGAAAACUGCCAACAGCUCCUGGAGGAUUCAAGUUCCUGAUCACCGCAACAAACUACUUCUCAAAAUGGGUAGAGGCCAAACCUCUUGUGACAAUCACAGAGGCUGACGUUUGCAGAUUUGUCUGGCAAAACAUUGUUACAAGGUUUGGAGUCCCUUACGCCAUCGUAUCAGACAACGGAAGCCAAUUCGUCGGUAAAGACCUCACCAGCUUCUGUGCCGAAUUUGGGAUACGCUUCUUCAACUCUACUCUAGCAUACCCCCAAGGGAAUGGACAAGCCGAGGCAACAAACAAGACCGUCUGUGCCGGGAUCAAGCGCCGGUUAAACUCCAAGAGAGGAAAAUGGGCUGAGGAACUGCCACGUGUUCUUUGGGCUUACCAUUCUACCCCCUGA